AUGAUGAUUGUCGACAUUGAUGAGGCAGAUAUUGUGGUUUUAUCACAGAAUUUAGAAAAAUGUAAUCGGUUGGCAUCCAGUAUUGACCAAUCUUUGAGGAAUAUAUCUCAAACUUCUGGCCAAUCAAGCAAACUGUUUGCACCAAUUCUUUCUAGAAAUAGUAUGUUAAUCACUUUACAAAGAAAUAUUGAAAGUACAUUAAAUACGGUAGCAUCAGUCAAAGACUUAGCCAAUGAGGCUUCAAAAUAUGAAAUAAUUCUAAAAAAGGUAUUAAAGAAAUUGGUUUGA